AUGGCCUUGGCAGCAAUGGCAGCGUCCGCCAAUGCAGUUCUCGCGACCUCGUCUCCAUCAUCCCAUGCAGAGCUAGCUGGAGGAGGUCUUGGAGAAAGAAACCGUUCAAUCAAGGUUGUUCAAGACAAGGUCCUACCUCACCUCCAGAAGAUCUUUGAAAACCACGCCGGGCCAGAUAAGAAAUGGACCAAGGAGCAAAUAGCCGCCUUUCUACAUGACAUCCAACACCAAGACUCGGAAGACUCAAACAGUUCCAAGCUUCUCACUUAUGAUGAGCUUGAUUUCCACAAGUUUCUGGGUUACAUGACCUCCUCUUCUGCCGCCCUCACCACCCCUCCCAAGCCGACAGAUCUGUCAUGGCCACUCUCCAGCUACUUCAUCAGCUCCAGUCACAAUACUUACCUCGCGGGAAAGCAAGUAUUUGGGGAGAGCACCACGGAAACGUACACCGAUGUUCUGCUCAGGGGUUGUCGUUGUGUUGAGAUUGAUGUCUGGAAUGGCGAGGACGACAGUAGCAGUAGCAGCAGCAGCAGUUCCAGUUCCAGUGACGAGGAGAACUCUAAAGCGAAGGCCCAGAAAGCUGAUACCAAAGCUAAAAAAGAAGCCGAAGCCGCAGCCAAACCUGCCGCCAAGGACAGCGACAGUGCUAGCGACCCGGUGUUUGGCAAGCCGAAGCGAAGGAGUACCUUUGGCGCAUUAAAGAGCAAAAUUUCUCGUUCCUUGUCCACGCGUUUAAAGCGGCCGGAAAAGAGGUCUGAAAAACCAAAAGGCACGGACAGCCCGCCCGCCAAAGACUGUGACCAGGCUACACUGAGCACAGAUGCCGUCUCUAGCAUUGUCGUCGAGGAACCCGGGGUUAUCGAGGUUGAACCCGUAGUGACCCAUGGCCAUACGAGGACGACCAAGAUCACUUUCCGGGAGGUCUGCGUGGCCAUCAAGGAGAGUGCCUUCGUCACAUCUGACGCUCCUUUGAUUAUCAGCUUAGAAGUUCACUGCAACCCUGCACAGCAGCUCUCCAUGGUGAAAAUUAUGAAGGAGAUAUGGGGUGAAUACUUGGUGGCUGAGCGUGAUUCGGAGCCAGCUCUUUUGCCCAGCCCUGGUGAAUUGAAAAAUAAAAUCUUGAUCAAGGUCAAGUAUUCACCUCCAGAGAAGAAGCUGAGCAACGAAGAUAUUCAGCCUGCAGCGGAAACUAUCGAGGGAGUCAAGGAGUCCACAGAGGCCAAGGAGACCAAAGCAGUCCCGACCGCUAAGGAAACUACGACAUCCCCUGGCGAGUCAAAGGGUCUCAAUGAGACUGAGAAACCCACAGAAAUUCAACUGACCAAGGAAACCAAGGUGCCCGACGAGUCCAAGGGUCCUAGCGAGACGAAGGCCCCUACGGAGACCGAGGAAACCAAGAUAGCUGUUGAGUCUAAGGUGUCUAAUGAGGCCAAGGAGGUCACACUGACCAAGGAAACCAACGUCUCUGAUGGGCCAAAAGAGACCAAGGAAGUUACAAAAACAAAGGAAACCACCUUGCCGGACGGAUCCAAGGAGAUCAAGGAAACCACAGAGACCAAGGUAUCAAAUGAAUCAAAGGAGGUAAAGGAAGUGAAAGAGACCAAAGAGGCUAAAGUAGCCAAGGCUCCCAAGACUAUCCAAGAGCUGAGCCGUAUGGGUGUCUACACCAAAGGCGUGUCCUUCAAAAGCUUUACCCAGCCAGAAGCCACAAUGACAACACACAUCUUCUCCCUUGCGGAAUCGACAUUUUACAUGGGAGCUUAUGGACGAACUGAAUGGGGCAUUUGGGAACACAAUAAGCGCUUCAUGAUGCGUACCUACCCGUCUGGUUUUCGGGCCGGGUCCCAAAACUUGGAUCCGUCCCCUUUCUGGGGUGCGGGUGUUCAGAUCGUCGCGCUCAACUGGCAAAAGAAGAACAGUAGGUCAAUGAUGCUCAACGAAGCCAUGUUUGCUGGCACAGGAGGCUAUGUUCUCAAACCCCCAGGAUACCACCCAGAAUUGGAGGGACGUUCUAUUGUCAAGGAUGUUGUCACACAGAAGCUUAGCUUGACGAUUACCUUCCUUGCGGCCCAGAAUAUCCCCCUGCCACUGGGUGACACCCACGACAGGAGCUUCAGGCCGUACGUCAAGGUGGCCGUGUACUCGGAUUCUUCUGAGGAGGUUCGAGGAGGGCAGAUCCAGAACAAGGAACUCGAGCGUGAGGACGAAUACAAGGUCAAGACGAAGUCGUACAAAGGUUGCCACAUCGACAUGGGGAGCGAGAAAGUCGAGCUCAAAGAUAUCCCAGGUGUAGUCGAUGGACUGACGUUCGUGCGCUUCACCAUCAGGGAUGACGAGAUUGGCAAGGAUGAUCUCGCAGCGUGGGCGUGUGUCAAGCUGGACAGAUUGGGAGUUGGAUACAGAUUCAUUCAUCUCUUCGAUGCGAACGACAAGUUGUCAGAUGGAGCAGUGCUGGUCAAAGUCGAGAAGAAGUUGGAGUAA